GGAACCAACGUCGAAGUGGUUGUUGGAUUAUUCGCGGCCUGACGGAUUGUUUUAUGUUAAGGACAAGGAAACGUAACUUUACAAAGAUGAAAGCUCUGGUCUAGAGCUCCAUUGUGAAGAAAGAACACAAACGGGAAACCAGGAAGCUAGAAAUAUUUCUGUGUGGCCAUGGCCUACUCGAACUACAGCAACCUGAGCAGGGCUCAGCUCACCUUUGAGUAUCUGCACACAAACUCGACGACCCACGAGUUCUUGUUUGGAGCCUUGGCCGAGCUUGUGGACAAUUCAAGAGAUGCAAAUGCCACACGAAUAGACAUCUACACAGACAAAAGGCCCGAGCUGCGGGGCGGCUACAUGCUGUGUUUUCUGGAUGACGGUGUUGGAAUGGACCCUUAUGAGUCAACUCACGUGAUCCAGUUUGGGAAGUCAAGCAAAAGGUCCCAUGAGUCCACUCAGAUUGGCCAGUAUGGAAACGGACUGAAAUCCGGCUCUAUGAGGAUCGGGAAAGACUUCAUCUUGUUCACGAAAAAGGGCAAUACGCUCACUUGCCUUUUCAUGUCGAGGACUUUUCACGAAGAGGAGGGACUGGACGAGGUGAUCGUGCCUCUUCCCUCCUGGGAUCUGAAAACCAAGGAACCGCUGACCUCUGACCCCGAGAAGUACGCCAUAGAGACGGAGCUGAUCUACAAAUACUCACCUUUUAAAAGUGAACAGCAGCUGAUGGAGCAGUUCAACAAAAUAGAAAGUAGCAGUGGCACUCUUGUGAUCGUCUAUAAUCUGAAGCUGGACCACAGAGAGCCAGAGCUGGAUGUAGAGACGGAUCACCAGGACAUACUGAUGGCUGGGACUCCUGUUGAAGGAGUGAAGCCGGAGAGGAGGUCCUUCAGGGCGUACGCUGCUGUUUUGUACAUUGACCCACGCAUGAGGAUUUAUAUCCAGGGACAUAAAGUCAGGACUAAGAGACUGUCGUGCUGUUUGUACAAACCGAGGGUUUAUAAAUACACAUCGACUCGUUUCAAAACUCGCGCCGAGCAAGAAGUGAAGAAAGCGGAUCACCUGGCUAAGAUUGCGGAGGAGAAAGCCAGAGAGGCGGAGAGUAAGCAGAUGGCUUUGGAGACCAGACUAGGAGACGACCUGUCAAAAGAUUCACGGGCAAUCCUUCGAAAGGUUCAAGAUUCAGCCAUGAUGCUUCGACGGGACUGUGACAUGAAGAAAAGGAUUCUCGAAGCAAAACAGAAAGCGCUAAAGGAGCCCAAGGAGUUGAACUUUAUAUUCGGAGUGAACAUUGGUCAGAGGGACCUGGAUGGGAUGUUUGUGUACAACUGCUCUCGUCUCAUCAAGAUGUACGAGAAGACAGGGCCUCAGCUGGAGGGAGGCAUGGCCUGUGGAGGUGUGGUUGGAGUAGUGGAUGUCCCGUAUUUAAUUCUAGAGCCUACUCACAACAAACAGGACUUUGCAGAUGCCAAAGAGUAUCGACAUUUACUGAAAUCCAUGGGGGAACAUUUAGCUCAGUACUGGAAGGACACUAACAUUGCUACGAAAGGCAUAGUGAAGUUCUGGGAUGAGUUUGGAUAUCUGUCGGCCAGCUGGUCCGCACCCCCGUCAUCAGAGCCGAGAUACAAGAGGCGUCGGGCCAUGGAGAUACCGCUUACUAUCCAGUGUGAUAAAUGUUUAAAGUGGAGAACACUGCCAUUCCAGAUGGAUGCUGUGGACAAACGCUACCCAGACAGCUGGGUGUGUCUCAUGAACCCCGACAGCAACCAGGACAGGUGUGAUGCUUCUGAACAGAAACAUAAUUUGCCAUGUGGUGUUCUGAAGAAAGACAAGCUGACGGGUGAAGUCAAACAAAAAGAGCUGGCAGAGAAAAUCAAACUGCAGCAGGAGAAACUCGAGGCCUUGCAGAAAACCAGCACCAUCAAAUCUGCAGCGGACAUAAAGAAGCUGCCUCUGGAUGCCAGCAUGAAACCCUCCGAGGGAUCCUCUCAGGCAACCAGGUCUUCUGAGAGGUCCAUAACGCGGGCCCGCUCCCCCCCGCUUCCAGCUCAUCUAAAGGGCGGCCCCCCAUCUCGUGCCCCUCCUCAGCGCCCCACCCGAUCACCUGCUCCGCCACCACCGAUUAAAGUGGAACCAUCCAGGUCCAGAGCUGCAGCAAAACCUCCUCCAUCACUGCAGUGGGAUUUACGAUUGUCUUGUUUUGUGCAGGCCUCGGAGAAGCCCCUACAGGAGGAAACGGAAGACAACACGAAAAAUGCUCAGAAAGAUAAAGGGCUGCUGGUUGAAGUACGUGUCAAUAAGGAGUGGUACACCGGCAAAGUCAUUGCUGUGGAGGUGAACAAACAGAGCGUUCGCUGGAAAGUGAAGUUUGACUAUGUACCUAGAAACACUCCUAAAGACAGAUGGGUGUUCAAGGGAAGUGAUGAUGUCCGGUUGAUGCGGCCGCCAUCUCCAGUCUCUCAGACCCCUGACACCCAGCAGGAGGCAGAGAAGGGGCCGGCCCCCAUGGAGCCCGACACAACCCAGCCAGGCACCAGCCGGGAGGUGACCGAUAGUCUGGUUACCAUGCUGAGGACCAUGCUGCGUUACUUCUUCCCUCCUGCUUUUCGGAUCCCAAAGGACGACGUUAACAGCAUGUCGGCUGAGGAGUUGGUGGCCUUUCCUUUGAAAGAGUAUUUCCAGCAGUAUGAAUCAGGUCUGCAGUCUUUGUGCAACUCGUACCAGAGCAGAGCUGACGCCAGAGCCAAAGCUGUUGAAGAGAAGAGCAACAGCAAUGAAGUGAAACUGAAGGAGGCGGACGAGAAACUACAGAAACUACGAACAAACAUUGUAGCACUCCUGCAAAAAGUUCAAGAGGACAUUGAUAUAAACACAGACGACGAGCUGGACGCCUACAUAGAGGACCUUCUGACCAAGGGGGAUUAAAGAAGAUGGAUAGAGAAGAGUCCAUGCACAUAAACAGGCAGUUUUCAUUACAGCCAUUACCUGCUGAUGGCUCUGUAAUGACUCGUGCUUAUCUGCAGAGUUGGCUGUUAAAUCAGUGUGACAAGUUUGAUCUUUGAAUUUGGACAGAUUCUCUGGCGUUUCUACAGUGUUCGGUAUCCUGUGGUUUUAUGUUAAGUCCUUUUUUAUAUCCCUGCUUAUAUCUGUUAAUCUAUGUUAAAGCCAUCUUAUCUUGAUUGAAAUAUUGUAUGUAGGUUUAAGACAUGUAUGCUCUCUUUAUAUAGUCGGCUAAAGCUGUGACAAACUGCAGACAACAUUUGUUCCUCGUUUGGUUCAUCGUCAAGUGAGAUUUGGAAGUGACUGGGUUGCGCUCUGCAAUGAAGCCUGUAGUUUAACUUUUAUUUUUAUACACUAAAAACACUGAAGUGUUUCCCAUUAACUUUCUACAUCCUGGUCCAACGAGGGAACCAGGUUAAUAUUUUACGGUUGGGUGCUGAUCCUCACCCAUUAACGAGAACUACUUACUGGGUUUUAUCAGUAUGAUUAUUCCCUCAUUUCCCUCCUACAUUCAAACUCUCACUGUUCUGUGUUUAUUUUUGGAAGAAAAAAAGUAAUCUCAUUCGAAUGCGAAAGUUGUGUGUUCAUAAUAAUGUGCCUGUGCCCUUCCUUUUGAACAGAUUUUAACAUGUCAUGGAAAUGUUUUAUCAAACGGUGCAUGCUUUCAGUCUUUUUGUUCUGAUUGGAACAAAUGAUUCUGUAUUUUUGACAAAUCUUUACCUAGAACAAUAAAACCGGUUCAGCAACACCU